AUGUUUGUUGAUUCGCAAAUUGUCUGGAUCAGAGAAUCAACGGAAUGCUAUAUUCAGGGCAAAAUCUCAGAAAUUGGACAAGACAAAUUUGAAGUUAUUCCCAUUGACAAAAAGUAUCCAAAUCGGACGUGCUUAGCGGGUGAAAUUUUUCCAUCAUGUGUUGGACCACAAGAUCAUGAUGACAGUUGCGAACUAUUGUUUUUCAACGAAGCCACAUUUUUGGAAAACUUGAAGAAUCGGUAUUUUAAGGAUAAAGUGUAUAAUUAUGUGGCAAAUAUUUUGAUUGCGUUGAAUCCAUAUAAGGAAAUGAAGGAUUUAUAUUCGGAUGCGGCCAUUAAGCGGUACAAGGGAAAAUCUUUAGGUGAAUUACCUCCGCAUGUUUUUGCGAUCGCCGACAAAGCGAUUCGUGAUAUGCGUGUGUUGAAGAUUUCCCAAUCGAUAAUUGUGUCCGGCGAAUCGGGAUCUGGUAAAACUGAAUCAUCGAAAUAUAUACUUACGUAUUUAUGUCGUUCGCAAGUGACUGCCGGGGCCAUUGAGCAAAAAAUUCUCGAUGUAAGUCCAAUAUUAGAAGCAUUUGGCAAUGCCAAAACCACCCGAAAUAACAAUAGCUCACGGUUUGGUAAAUUCAUUCAGAUACAUUACGAUUCAGAAUGUCAAGUUGUUGGUGGAUAUAUUUCACAUUAUUUACUCGAAAAAAGUCGUAUUUGCACUCAAAGCCAAGAAGAAAGAAACUAUCAUGUAUUCUAUAUGAUUUGCGCUGGCGCUCCUCAGGACCUUAAAGAAAAACUCAGCCUGGGGCGACCCGAAGAUUAUAGAUAUUUGGCAGGAUGCACGCAGUAUUUUGCAACGGUAUCGACCGAUCGAAAAAUAUCAGAAUCGAGCAAAUCAAAAGCCCACAUGACCAACGGACCGAUCAAAGAUCCGGUUCUGGAUGAUUAUGAUAAUUUUCAACAAUUAGAUGAGGCUUUGUCACGAUUGGGUAUGAGUCAAGCCACAAAGUUCGACAUCUAUGCGCUAAUUGCAGGUGUUUUGCACUUGGGCAACAUCAGCUUUGAGGAGAAUCCAGAAGAUGCUGGCGGUGGAUGUCAAGUUUCAAAGUCAUCCGAACAUUCGAUUUUGAUCACAUCUAAAUUGCUCGGUGUUGAUUCAUUUGAACUGAGACAAGCCUUAGUUUCGCGCGCUAUGCAAAGCAAACGCGGUGACAAUAAGGCAGCAGUUAUUAUGGUUCCAUUGAAAAUUUAUGAGGCAAGCAAUGCCAGAGAUGCUCUAGGAAAGGCAUUGUACAGCCAUUUAUUCGAUCGCAUCGUUGCUAACAUAAAUCGAAGCAUUCCAUUUAGUUCAUCCACCUACUACAUUGGUGUACUGGAUAUUGCCGGUUUCGAAUCUUUUACCGUUAAUUCAUUUGAACAAUUUUGUAUAAAUUAUUGUAAUGAAAAACUUCAGAAAUUUUUUAACGAUAACAUUUUGAAGCACGAGCAAGAACUGUAUCGCCGUGAAGGAUUGAAGGUACCAGAUAUUCAUUUCACUGACAACCAAGAUAUUAUUGAAUUGAUCGAAUCAAAAUCCAAUGGAAUUUUUGCGUUGCUCGACGAAGAAUCAAAAUUACCAAAGCCAUCAUUCGAUCACUUCACAUUAGAGGUGCAUAAGGCUUGGAAUGGACAUAUCCGAUUGAUGCUACCAAGAGCGUCACGAUUCAAGGGCCAUCGAACGUUGCGCGAUGAAGAAGGUUUUCUCAUUCGACACUUUGCCGGGGAUGUUUCCUACAAUACGAGUCAAUUCAUUGAUAAGAACAACGAUCCGUUGCAUGGAUCAUUGGAAGUAUUGUUACAAGAAUCAGCAAACCCAUUCGUUAAGCAACUUUUCACGGCGAAAAAUGACAGCGCAUCUUUGAGAGGAAAAUUGAACCUCAUUUCGAUUGGAUCCAAGCUCAAAUCUGAAAUGAGUGAACUGAUGGAGAAACUUGAACAAAAUGCCACGAAUUACAUUCAUUGUAUUAAGCCAAACAGUCGAAUGACCAGCUGUGAAUUCGAAGGGAUUUCAGUAUUGAAGCAGCUAAAUUCUUCGGGAACAACAUCUGCGUUGAAGGUCAUGGAGCAUGGUUAUCCAUCUCGCGUUCCAUUUGAUGAAUUGUACAAUAUGUACUGGAAUUUUUUGCCGCCAGAGCUAGAAAAAUUGGAUCCAAAAGUGUUUUGCGAAGCAAUGUUACAUUCGCUAAAACUAAAUCGCAAAGACUUUAAAUUUGGAACCACCAAAGUCUUCUUCCGACCGGGCAAAUUCAUUGAAUUCGAUCGCAUCAUGAAAUCGGAUUCAGAAAAUUUAAAAACAAUUGUUGCAAAUGUCAAAAUAUGUUUGGUACGGUCUAGAUGGACUAAAGCAAUAUUCGGUGUUAUAAGCGUAAUUAAAUUGAGAGAUCGUAUAAAAUAUCGCAACAAAUAUGCAAUGUACAUUCAAAAGAUUGUACGUGGUUUUCUUGCACGUAAACAACAUCAGCCACGAUACCGUGGCAUUAUUAAGAUGGAAUCGCUCAAAGAUAAAUUGCGGUCAACGGAUAUUGUGGAUCAGGUGAAAGGAAUCGAAGAUGGAAUUUCGAAACAAGCAAAUGAUGUUGAAAAUCUGAUCAAUGAAUAUGUGAAGAACAUUAAAAAAAAUGUUCGCAUCAAACCAAAAAUCAUCGACGAAAUGUACGACGAAAUCAUCACCAAAAUCAAUGGCUACAGCAAUCUAUUGCAAUCGGAUAUAAUUUGCGGUGUUAAUGAAAGUGAGCUUCACAUCAAAAGCACAACGGUGAAGGUGAUUACAGAGAAAAUGCAGCGUACCAAUGUGAACGAGAGCGUUCAGCGACAUUUAAAGCCGAAGUCGAAGAAAGCAGUCAAAAGACUAAGAGAGAAACCCCCGAAGUUCGCGGCACGUUUUGAUCAAAUUUCACAUCUUCCAGCACUCGAUUCAAAAGGAGUUAGAUAUUUACAAACGAUCUAUGGAGCGGCUAUCUGGAUCUAUCAAACACUUGUUCGCGGAACAUGA